AUGUCGACCAUCUGUUGCCCAUACACCCGUUGUAGACAAGAAAACGUGCUCAAACGAAUUCUGGCACAUAUCAGGGACUCUCACUGCUCAGAUGAUUGUCCAACAGAUUUUAUUGAAGAACAUGGGUUGUCCAAAUGUCCUGGAUGCUCACAGUGGUUUUUGAAGCUUCAACAACAUGCUUCCAAGUGUUGUAGGUCAUCCAGCGUAACCGCAACGCCUCAGGCUACGCUUACUACGUCAACACCGGCUCUGCCACCUCCAAACUCAAGGAAGCCAAGGGCACCUGAGGACACUGCUUUUGGAACGGCCUUUGAAUCAUGUUGGUCUUCCUUGGAUCGAGAAGGUGACGCUUGGCGCCUGAUAGACUCCUUCACAACGGAAGCCAUACUGGACUGGACGCCGCCUAGAACAGUGCAGAAUGUAACACCUGCAUUACGCGCGAUGUUUCAGGACUGCUGCGCUAUUGCUUUGAGAAAGAUUGAAGAGGAACCAGCAAAUGACAGAGGAUGGAAACUUCUCCUACUUCUUCCCAGGAUGCUUCUCCAACCGCAUGCACGUGGCGGUAAAGUGGGCACGCGGGAGGUCAAGGCAAUUUACACACGGUUUCUACAAUUUCAUUGGCAAGAACUGAUUCUAAAUCGGAGUCACUUAUCACGCUCUACUCCUUCUACAGAAGUUGAUCAGAGGAAGAAAGCUGCACUAAGUCUAGUUCAUUGUGGAGAAUUGUCACGUGCAUCAAGAGUUCUAACUAGUCAGGGUUUUGCCCCUGCUACAGACGACACAGUGGCACAGUUACUAUCCAAGCAUCCACAUCGUAUGAUAUCUUCACAUCGACCAGAGGAAACCUCAAAAAUGGAGUCAGAUUCAGUUAAUCCCAUUUCUCUGAAAAAGGAGGCAUUUUUCAAUGCAAUCAGGAAAGCACCAAGAGGAAGUGGUGCUGGCCCUUCUGGCUGGCGUUAUGAGCACCUGAAUACUCUUUUGGAGAAUGACUUAACUUGCGAACUGCUAUAUCUAGUGUGUUCUCUAAUCGCUGGAGGCAAAGUUCCAAAUUCAGUCUUGCCUCUCCUGACAGCGUCUCGUCUCAUCGCCUUACCUUAA